GGUUCCCUGGAAUGGGAAAUGGGGAAAGGGAAACCAUGGAUCACUGACUGGCAUUGACGUUCGAUGGCGCUGUUGAAUAUGGGGCAACUCGACUUCUUGGAAAGCUCAUUGACGGACGUGAGAUGAUGUGAGAGAUCAUCACACUCGGUCCUCACGAGCAGCAUCGCUUUAGCAAGGACCCUGCCUACCUCAAGGAUUUCGAGAAGCCCCAAGAGGUGUGAAGGGCGCAAAAAAUGGCAACCUUCUCUCGGUCAACCUUCUCAGCUGCCAGCUACGCAGCCUUCCGGCCCUCGUACCCCCCGCCCCUCUUCAGAAGCAUUCUCAAGCGUACCCGCGCCCGCGGAGCCACGGCCUCCUCACCAUCCGGCACGCUCCUCGACCUAGGCUGCGGCCACGGCCUCAUCGCGCGGGCGCUAAGCCCACACUUCGACCGCGUGCUCGCCAUCGACCCCAGCCCCGUCAUGGUACGCCAAGCCGUCUCCGCCACCCCGGACAACCCCAAGAUCGCCUUCCGGCAGGGACAGGCGGAGGACCUCUCCUUCCUCGCGGACGGAACCGUCGACCUAGCGGUGGCGGGCCAGGCGGCGCACUGGUUCGACUAUAGCCGCGCGUGGCCCGAGCUGGCCCGCGUGGUCCGGAGCGGCGGCGCCCUGGCCUUCUGGGGAUACAAGGAUAACAUCCUCGUCGGGCGGCCGCGGGCCAAUGCCGUUUUCGACGCCGCGUGCUACGGCGAGGACGACGUCGCUGCCGGGUUCCAGAGCAUGGCGCGCUACUGGGAACAACCUGGGCGGGAUAUCCUCCGGGAUUCCCUCCGGGCUGUGGUGCCGCCUGCGGAGCACUGGGGGGACGUCAGGAGGAUCGUCUACGACCCCGACAGGGAGACGUCGGGUGUCGGGGUACAGGACGGAGAGGCGGCGUGGUUGAGGAAGAGGCUUAAACUCGGGGAGUUUGAGGGCUACUUGCGGACGUUCAGCGCGUUCCGCGCUUGGAGGGAUGCGCACCCUGAGGUCAGGAGCCGGGAGGAAGGCGGACAAGGUGACAUUGUAGACGUGCUUUUUGAUAGGAUACUGGAAGUGGAAGCGGACUGGAAGGCCGAGGGAGAGAAGUGGAGGGAUGUCGAGGUGGAUUCUGUUUGGGGGACGGCUCUCAUUCUCGCCACGAGGAAGUGAAGGACUGGACUUUGUCCGUAAUAAUCACCCCCCU